AAUUUCUGCAGCUUUAUUUUCUGAUUCGUCAUCUCUCUCUUGGAAUUGACUCCAUUGAUUACAAAACGAAGCUUUGAAUGUUGAUGAAUUCAUGUAGCUAGGCAACCGCAGGUCAACCGAGAAGAUCCAAAGAGAGAUUAACAGUUCAAAGGAAAUGGUAGGGUAAGAAAGUCAAAUUAUCCGUCAUUGUCUCCUUCUUCCAUCCGCUGAACCUUUCUUCCUUACUAUCGAAGAAACAAUAAUUUAGAUAGAGAAGUUGAAAACGAUCAAUCAAUUCUCUUCAUCACUGUUUUCCUCAUUCAUCACACCUCAAUUUAUCAGUAAUGGCAGCUCCGUCGUCGUCGUCAACGACGACAGUAAACAUCAUGCUCGCAAUCUACGAGAAGAAGACAGUACAGUUAGAUCUGUACCGUCCACUAAGAAACUACAUCGUCUUCAAUUACUCCGACCGCGAUGCUCAGAACGUUGAGGAUGAUCUCCAAACCCUAAAGCAGAUGCGAACCGAUCUCGAACGAGGCAUCGGCGUUGCAGGUGACUCUCUUUCCUCUCGCCGUGACAUUCUCCAGGGUUACUACAGGGCUCUCUGUGCUGUCGAGUCGAGAUUCCCGAUCUCUCCUGAUAAGGAUCAUGUCAACGCUAUUAAUUUCACAUGGUAUGAUGCGUUUAAGAGUAAACAGAAGGCGUCGCAGCAGAAUAUCCAUCUUGAGAAGGCUUCUGUGCUGUUUAAUCUUGGAGCAGUGCAGAGUCAGACUGCGUUAACUUACGAUCGAUCAUCUAUUGAAGGGAGGCGGCAGGCAUCACACGCGUUUAUUGCUGCAGCGGGAGCAUUCGCCUUCUUGAGGGAUAACGAGUCGUCCAAGGCGUCGAUUGGUAGUUCAACAACGGUGGAUAUUUCAUUGGAGUGUGCAGGGAUGCUGGAGAGGCUAAUGUUGGCUCAAGCACAGGAAUGUGUUUUUGAAAAUACGAUUGCUAAGGGAAGUACACCAGGGGUCUGUGCUAAAAUCUCGAGACAGGUUGGAAUAUACUAUGAAGAAGCUCUGGGAGCCCUUAAUGUUGCUCCCCUAAAUCAACAUUUCGACAAGACUUGGAUCUCUCAUAUUCAGUUAAAAGCUGCUUUAUUUUAUGCAGAAGCUUGUUAUAGAUAUGGUUUAGAGUUGCACGAGAAAGAAGAGAUAGCCGAGGAAAUUGCUAGGUUGAAGAGCGGGAUUAGUACAUUAUCAGAGUCAAAGAAAUCAUCAACCAAAGGUGCUGCACAGCAGCUCUUAGAAGCAAUUACUAAAUUGGAAACAAAUUUGAAUCGGAAUCUGGAAAGGGCAAUGAAGGAAAACGAGAGAGUUUACCUUAUGAGAGUUCCAGCCGCCAGUUCUUUGUCACCUUUACCUGCAAUCUCUUUGGUGAAGCCUCUGCCAAUGCAUGAGGUAUUGGAUCCAAGCAAAGACAAGAUGUUUGCUUCUCUUAUUCCCGAAAAUAGUACAAAGAUUCUAUCGAGAUAUAGUCAAAUGGUUGACGAUGUUAUUAGAACACAAGCUGAGAAAUUGCAACAAGGGAGUGAGCUAACCCGCGUGAAGCUGAAGGAAAUGGACUUGCCUGAUUCAAUCCUUGCUUUGGAAGGACAUAGUAGUGUUCCAAUAGCUCUUAAAGAAGAUGUGGAGGCUGUUCAGAUAAGUGGGGGUCCAGCCGGAUUGGAGUCUGAGCUACAGCAGUUUAGAGAUUUAAGGAGAGUAAAUCAGGAGUUGUUGGUGCAGACUGAAGAACUACUACAGAAAGAAGCUGCAGAAGAUGCACAGUUUAGAAGCCAAUUUGGAACACGAUGGACUAGACCUCAGUCGAGUACACUUACAAAGAAUUUGCAGGACAGACUAAAUAGAUUUGCUGGAAAUCUGAAGCAAGCUGCAGAAAGUGAUACCCGCAUAGAGCGAUCAGUUCGAGAACAUUUACCUCUGAUGUCGAUCCUUAAUAAUCAUCCGAUAGAAUCUGCCCUCCCUACUUUGUCGAAGCCCAUGAUGUCACUAGAUGCAAAUGAAGAUGCUAUUGUUGGGGCCUUGAAACAGAGCUUGAGACAACUCGAGGGUCUUGGUACACAACGCGCAGGGCUUGAAGACAUGCUUAAAGAGAUGAAGAGGAAGGAUGAUAUAUUGCCCAAGUUGAUGUCCUCAAAUGGAUCGCAUGAGGAUCUUUUCAGAAAGGAGAUAGCAAAGUAUGAUCCAAUUUGCAACGAAAUUGCCCAAAAUAUUGAGACACAGGACCAACUAUUGCGGCAGAUUCAGGCCCAGAAUGAUCAAUUUGCUGCUAUGUUUAACCUUGAAGAUUACAAGGCAUCACGAGAGAAGAGCUACAAGAAGAUCGAGGCUGCCAUUGCAAAAUACCGCGAGAUUAAAGAAAAUAUCAACGAGGGGCUGAAAUUCUAUGUUACUCUUCAGGAAGCAAUCACUAACGUGAAACAGCAGUGCAGUGAUUUUGCGAUGACUAGAAAUAUCCAAUGCAGAGAAAUGAUCGACGAAGUACAAAGACAAAUUGGGGGUUUCAGUUUCCAGGACAAGAACAAUAGCAGUAAUAAUUACAACUACACCCCUGUUGGGCAAUCUCCUCAUCAAACUGCAAGACCAUCAUCAUACUAUCAACAGCAUCCCGAGCAGCAGCAGCCACCACAGCCAAGUUCUGGCUAUGGACAUCAUCACCCUCCCACUUACGGGGGCCCACCACAGCCUCAACCUCCUUAUCAAUAUCCGCCAGCCGGCGGUCAUCCUUACACUCAGCAGCAGCAGCCGGCAGCGAGCCAUGAGUAUGGGCAACCAGCAUAUCCCGGGUGGAGAGGCAAUUACUAUAAUGCCCCUACUCCUCCUCCUGCUGCUCAGCAACCAGGUUCUCUUCCAUCACCUUACCCUACCCCUCCUCCACACCAAGGAGGUUAUUAUAGGUAAUAUAAUAAUGUUCAUUCAUCCAACUUCUGAAAGUUUGCUCUCCAUUUUUGCUGUUUUUUGUUUCUCCAAUAUAUAUAAUGUUCCCAAUCCAACAUUUGGAUUGUGAUAAUGUCUAUAGUACUUUUUUUAUUUAUUCAUUUAUUAUGAAUUUGGCUCAGUGUGUUUUUCUGUAAUGAAUAUGGCUCAGAUAGUGUUCAAGUUCUCCUACUGCCAAUGGUCAAAUAAAUAUUAUUUGAAAAUAUUCAAGUUUGUACUAAUAAAGUUUAGCAUACUGU